AUGAACGCCCAGGUAUCCUUUCUUGAUGGCACCUACACGCUGAUCCAUAUCCCCCUCAGCCUUUACUCGACCUUGCUCCAGCCUAUCCUCCGAGUGCUUCUGCCACAGUCUCAUGGUGCGGGGGGUUUACGCGACUCACCUGAGUAUGAGUUGCAGGGACUCACUUCUGAUGGCCAGCAUGGCUUCCUCAACAUCAGUGUUACCCCCCUGGAGUGCUCGGUUGUGUGCCACACCUCAUGGGCUCAGAAUGUUUUUGAGCCAGUUCUCAAAACACUUCCGCGCGACGUUGCGAAGAACGUGUCCGUUUCAAAAGAAUCUUACAUGGUGCUUUCAGUUAUCAGCGCUGGAAUUGAUGCAGGCGGCCGUGUGAUGGAAUUGACAUCUCCGCUGGCUCUUGCUGGCAUCCCCAUCUUCUUCAUCACAACUUACUACUCCGACUUCAUUCUAGUCCCGACCAAGGAACGCGAAAACGUGGUUAAGUCUCUCAUAGCAAAGGGAUUUGAGCUAUCCGACAACGAGUCCAACUUCAUCACUUCUGCUGCCAAUAGUCAAAAACAAGGCAUCGGAAUGGCCGCAUCCUCUCCGCCCCAUGAAGGUCUCCCUCUCAAUGUUGCUGAACUACAAACACGCAUCUUUGGUACACUUAAGAAGAGACAUGUGGCUCCUAGUAUUGAGGAAGCACUCGAGUUGGUGCAAUGCUCUGGUCGUGAAACAUCACAGCUUGCAAACUUUACCCAUCAACGCCCUUCCAUCAGUCGACAUGCAACCGGAAACGGUCGUCGACCAAGUUGGGCAGAUAACGUUGACACGAAACUAUAUACAUGCAUUAUCUCAGCACUUGUCUCGCAACCUCGAUUCAUGUCCGUCACCCUGGCUCAAGACGACCCUCCCUCUCUCUUGCUCGACAAGAACCUACUCGACAUCUUUGGCGACUCGCUUGUUGGAGACACCGACGCUUGCCUAGUACCGAUUUUCUUAGAUCUCAAGACUCUUCCUUUGGAGGCCACGGGUAUUGUAUGUGGUGUUGCUGGUAUUCUUGUACAGGAUUCGCAGAUUGCGGCAAGCUCAGAGCUGUCAUACCUCUCAACAGCGCAAGCAGGUGCUGUGAUUCUCUCUGAAGAGCAAGCUGUUAGGGCAAUGGGUAUUUUGAAACCCUUGCUUAGUGAAGAGCCCUAG